AAUCAAAGGGGAGUUCAAAGCAAAGGAAGAGAGGAUGAAAAGAUAUCGAGACCUGUCCUUAGAAAUGCUAGGAAGGUUUGAGUUUGAGCUUGAACACAUACCCCGGGCGCACAACGCGGAAGCUGAUGUUCUGUCCAGGCUUAGUGCAGAAUCGCCAGAAUAUAUAAGCAAAUUAGCAACGGUGGAAGAGUUGGCAACCCCGAGUCUCAACAGGGAUGAAGUGCUCUGGGUGUCAGCUGAUCCCCCAGAAUGGUUAGACAAGUUAGCCAGAUACAUUGAAGACGGCGUGGCUCCGGAGGAUCCCCAAGAAGCCCGGUUGCUGCGAAUGAGAGCUCCCACCUACAAGGUGCAGGAUGGAGUCCUUUAUAAGCGGUCUUACAACGGCGUUUUGCUCCGCUGUCUCAGGGCAGCAGAGGCAAAGGUGCUUAUGGAAGAGAUACACGAAGGAGUAUGUGCUGCACAUCAGGGCCCAUACUCUAUCUCGAGAAGGGCGAUAAUCCAGGGAUAUUUCUGGCCAACAAUGAGGAAGGAUUGCGAGGAGUAUGUGCGCAAGUUCCCAACUUGCCAACAGUUCCAGAAUGUGCCCGGGAGACCAGCCACAAACUACACGCCCAUCAGCUCUGUAAUCCCUUUCUCCAAGUGGGGAAUCGAUAUCGUGGGAGCCCUGCCAAAAGGGGUUGGACAGACCUCCAGUUCCUCAACAUCUUCUUCUUCUUCAUCUGAGCGACCGGCUACUUCCCCACCGAAGAAGCCGGUCGACGCUUUCACUUGUGCCCCUUCUUCUUCCGUUGCACAAGUGGUCUCGGUUGCCCAGCCUGGGGACGAGGGCUUCAUUCAGCUGGACGACCGGUUGCUCCAAGAGCAACCGUCGUACAUUCAGAAACCUCAAAUCCACGAGCUGCGUAACCUGAUGCCUGAUGGGUACCAACUGACCUACCGGGCAACGUGGAAGAACAUUAUUUCUCUCCACGUCGGUACGUCGAUUGGUAUCCAUUACCAUUCUAUCCGGGACUUGGGUGAAUUCUCGAUUCACCCAUUCAAAGUCCUCUUCCUUGAGACAUACGGGAUCAUGCCCGGGCAGCUGGCCCCAAAUGGUCACCAAGCCUCCACCCGCGGCCUCUACAACGUCGGGAAGUGGAGUGUUUAUCCCGGCCGGGAGACUGAUCCUGAGCCGGAGAUUGUCCUGACCGGGGCGAUCCCCGACGCCAUCCCCAUUCGCCGGGUGCGAGGGUCCAAAGCCCCGGCCACCGCCACCGCCGGUCCUUCACGCCCGGGGAGGAAGAAGAAGGAGAAAGGAGCCCUCGACUACCCAGCCCCCCAACCAACCAUCCGUCCAGCAUUCCCCCUGGACGAGCAGCCGGCCCAAUCUCAUCAGGGGACCAGCCAACCAAUUCACUCUAGGGAACUCUACAUUAAUGUAGAUACCUUUGAGUUCGACACCCUGAUGGGGGAGACCGGCCACACAUCAGAGGCCGGGCUGGGAGGUCAACCCAACGAGGAUGGCCAUGGCGAAGAGGAGGCUGCUGAAGAGUCUCUUCAACGGAAGAAGCGGAAGGCUGAAGUAAUCAACCAGCCGGCUCAGCACGUGGCCCAGUCCUCCGAUGCCGGCAAAGGGCAAAGCCAGCCCUGGUCUAUGGCUCUUAUGUCUCGGUCGAACGAGGAGCUCUUUCAGGCUUUCUGCGCCGACCUACAUGAGGUCGGCCAGAUCGGCCACGAAUGGUUCACCCGGCUGGUGAAGUCCCGGGACGAGGAGAAGGCUAGGAUGGAGGCCAUGGUGGUGGAGUGUCGGAAGGAGGCCAAAGCUGCUGUUGAGAAGGCGAAGAAGGCUGAGGAGAAGCUGAUUGAGCAUUGUGCGGCCUACCGCAAACUUUAUGCUAAGCAUGAUGGAUUGCUGAAGGCCGCAAAAGAGGCCGACGAGCAGGCUCAAGCAAAGAUACAACAGCUGGAGGCCGAGAAUGCCCGAUCGGCCGAGGAGAUUGCCCGACUUGGGGAUGAGCUGGAGAAAGAACGGGCCGAACGAGCUUCUCUUGCAGCAGUCUGGGCGAUUUAGGAACCAGAGGAGUUUGCUAGCCGGGCCAUCGCUGAUCGGGAUGCUACCAUCCGGCUGGUCCAAGGGCUCUACAAGCAUGAGCCAUCAGCCAAGGUCAUUGAUGAAAUCGCGACCUUUGGCUUUGAAAGUGGCCAAUAUGAUGAGCGGCGGGCGCUGUAUGGCAUUCUUGAGUAGCGGAUCGAAGGCUUCAAGCCAAAGGCCCUUUCUCUGCCCGAGCUGCAUGACGAGGCGCCGAUCGCACCUUUCCCGGGAAUCUGACCUUAGCCUUCUUCUCCUUUUGUUUUUUUAUCUUUCAUAUGUAAUGACUGGCCUCCGGGCCUUUAUUGUAAGACUGGCCUCCGGGCAUUUUUCCAAUAGUAAUGAAAGUUUUUCUUCCAU